AAUAUGAAAAACAACACCCUGGUUUCACAAUUCAUCUUGGAGGGAUUUGAAGGAGACCUGGAGCUACAGCUAGGAUUGUCUCUUCUUUUUAUGCUGUUUUAUGCAACCACUUUAAUGGGCAAUAUUGGAAUGAUUGUUAUAAUCACUGUUGAUGUCCAACUUCACAAUCCUAUGUACUUCUUCCUGAAAAACUUAUCCCUUCUGGAUAUUUGUUAUUCCUCUGUCAUCACACCCAAAGCUAUGCUAACCUUUGCAACUGGGGAUAAGACCAUUUCUUACAAUAGGUGUGCCACACAGAUGUUCUUCUUCUCUCUUUUUGGAACCACUGAAUGUUUCUUCCUAGCUGCAAUGGCAUAUGACCGGUUUGUUGCCAUCUGCAACCCAUUGCUUUACAAUAGCAUCAUGUCCAAAAAGAAAUGUAUAUGCUUGGUGGCAGUUUCAUACUUCUUUGGCUUCCUCAACUGCUGUACCCAGACAGGUCUCACAUUCAGCUUGUCCUAUUGUGAUCCAGGGAAAAUCAACCAGUUCUUUUGUGAUGUCCCAGCUGUCAUGAAGGCCUCAUGCUCAGACACCUUUAUAAAUGAAAUUGUCUUAUUAGCAAUGUGUGGGUUUAUCAUAGUUAUAACAUUCACAAUUGUCCUAAUCUCCUAUGGCUAUAUUGUGGCAACUAUCUUGAGCAUACCAUCUAUUGAGGGCAGACACAAAGCCUUUUCCACUUGUACAUCUCAUAUCAUGGCUGUAAGUUUGUUUUUUGGGACAGCUUUCUUUAUGUAUGGGCAACCUGGGGCCAUCUCUUCUCCCAAUCAAGGCAAAGUAAUCUCUGUUUUCUAUACCAUUGUAAUCCCAAUGUUGAACCCAUUCAUCUAUAGUCUGAGGAACAAAGAAGUCAAAGCUGCACUGCGGAGGCAUCUUAAAAAAAUUGUUGUCUUUUACUAA